AUUAUGGCGGUUCCAGCGGAUAGCGAAUUUCUACUCGGAAACGAUCUUCCACAUAAUCGUCGGCGUAAAUAUUCUUAGAGAUUCCUGAGAGCUUUAGUUUUAGUUUUGGAAAUGGAAGAAGAACAUAUGGGUAAUGAAGAAAUGCUUUCUUGAUUUUAUUUGCGAUGAUCGAGGUGAAAGUGCGCCUACUCCGUGGUUCUGUCUUCUUCGCUGGCGAAUGUAUCGAGUGUGAAAUUAUUUUUACAAACGUCGCAGAUGGCAAGAAAGAGACCUGCAGUCAUCCAUGUAAUCACGUUAAUAACGAUUUUUCAAAUGGGAGCAAUGAAACGGACAGACUUGCUUGGGCGAGCGCUCAAAUACAUUGCCAGUGUACGGUAAACGAAUCGCGGGUUGUUCUUCCAACUACGAAUUCAAGAAUGGAUCGAACUCUAAACCAAAUUUCUUCGGAUGCAAAUGCAUCUUGUACAAGCUUCGUUCCCUCAAGAGGUUAGAGCACAAACGCUUCUUUGGUGCAUGUAUGAUUUAUGGUUGGAUUUUGCUGGUAUACUAUUAUCGAUCGGAAAAUGGUGAAUUAUUGAUCGUGAUGUCGUGUUUUGUUUUUUAAAUGUCUGUCGCAGGAGAACAAGGUCGCUGUUUAUUGUCUACGCAACCGAAGAUAUUGUUUUGUGAUCUGGAGCUUGCUCCUGGAGAAUCUAGAAAUUGUAAGUUUACUUUUACCUGUGAAGUGAAGUAGUUUCGGGAUUGCGUGAAUGAUAAUUUGAAAAGUAAGCAAGUUGUAUUGCAAAUGUGUUGGUAAUAUCCAUUUCUUAAACUCCUGAGCGAUUCCUAACCCACGAUUCGUUCGAAUUUCUUGGUAUUGCUUUGUUCCUUGUACGUUCUGGCGGACCUUUUUGUUUUGUAAAACAAAGGAAAAGCUUAUCUUAAUUCAUUACUUGAAAGUGCUUGUUUACGGUAUCGUUCGUUCAUCCAUGAAUUGGUUCCCUAUUGAAAGUAAUUAUGUAAAAGGUAUCUACCUUCUGCACAUAAUUAAAUCGUAGUUGUUCUCUCUUUUAAGGCUACUGCGUUUGAAUUUUGGGAUCAAUCGAAGUUAAAAUUUGUUUAGAGUUGUCCACCGAGACUGCAUAUUUACAGUGAAGAAUUCCUACAGAUUGACUUUCAGCUUGGAAGAAAUUUUAUCUGAGUAUUAUUCUCCGACUUUCAAUCAUCUUUUCGUGAAACAAGAUCACUGACUGUGUGUGGGACUCUAGUACUGUAAUGAAAUCAUAUUAUGCCCCGAAGGUUUAUGAUACUAAUAAACUAAUUUAGCUAAUACUGAUACUGGUAUGACUGCAAUGUAUUAAUGUCUCGGAAUAUAGAGUAAGCUUAGUCUGCUUUAUCUGUCAUUUCAAUGAUUCCUGAGUAAAGCGAGUUAAAUUUUAGUCCAACAUACCAGUAUUCACUUGAUGACAGACUUUUCACUUGUUACUUUAUUAGUUGAUAGCUUUCUUGGCUUCUAUAAAAAUACAAAAGUCAGAUUGCAAAUCAGAGAAAGGGAAAUUCCAGUCAGCAGGGAUUUUUUUUUUGUAAUUGAGUUUGAGUAAGCUAAUGGUUAAUAGUAAAGUUUCCUAACAGGCCCAAAACAUGAAAUGAUUAACAGCAUUGCAUUACAUAUUUUGCAUGAUGCAUUUUGAAUUCCAAGGUCAUACUAUUUGAAGGGGUAGUGCCUUUUUUUUUUGUUUUUCUUCAUUUUGAUCACGAAACCUUAAUAUUAUAUCACUGAAUACAUGAUAUCUUGACUGUUUCAGAUUUUUAUAGUGACACAAUUCCGUUUGAUGGAGUGCCCUCAUAUAAAGGACAUACAGUGAAAUAUUCUUACAAGAUCACUGUUGGCACCAGUAGAGUUCAAGGACAUUCCAAACUUUUAAAAUUGCCUGUUAGAAUAUUGUCUUUACAAGGUGAGUGUGUGAUGAAUAUAGGCAAUCCUCUAUAAUGGCAAACUGAUGUAGAGAUCUCUUGUAGUAAAAUAAAGAGAGGAAAGGUUUUGCCAAAAGUUUAUUUUUAUUUCUUUCUGAUCAUAUUUUCUGCUAAAUAACUGAACGUAACCUGCUUUUCCUAUGCUUUCAAUACAUGAGUUAAAAUACAAGUUUUCAAUAUUUCCACUAUUGACCUCAAAUUUACAAUUUUCACACAAGAUGAAAGCACAAGUUUGGUUCACUAAUAUUGUAGAGCGCUGCAUUGCCAUAUGGGAGGUCAAGGUUUCAAGCCCCAGAUCCAACCAACAUUUAGGGUUUUAAAACAGUUCAGAAGAUGGUACUGCCUGCCAUAUAACAUGGGCAAAUGGUUAAACAUUCUAGCAGGGCGUGAAGUUGCGCCUAAUACAGGCGCCAAUGCGACUACAUUUUUUACUUUGGCAACCAAAUCCUGAAAAUUAGUCGGAAAAUUGGUGACUAGAAUGUUUCAUCAUAACCUUACUUAGAGAUAUAGGGAAUUAAAAAGAUUUGCAAAGAUAAAUCCGCGGCAAACUUCCUCGUUAAGUUUGUUUCCAAAACGUAGCACAUGCAUCUUGAUCAAUAACUAGACGUCAUCUUGGAUUUAGGUGAGCUUGAACGUUGCAUAUCAUCCAUCCUAGUGUCCACUUUGUAGCACUUUAAAGAUCUUUUCCCUGACUUAAUUUCUAGAUCAAUUACAGCGUAAAAAAAAGGCCUUGUUUGUCUUUGAAAAUGGCAACCAAUUUUGUUUGAAUUGGCUACCACUUUGAAGAAUUUAGGAGCCAAGUGGCUAUCAGAAAAAAAAAAAUUUCACGCCUUGUCUAGUCUUCUUGGAUAAGGACAAUAAACCGCAGGUCAUGUCUCUUGCAUCUUCUCGGAAUCAUACUUAGCAAGGGAUGUUAAAGAACCUACAAACUUCUCCUAAAUAGUAGAGAACUUAACUCCUUAAUUUUUUAAAUAUAUUCCUCUAAUUUCUUUUUUAACAGGACUUGGUAGGAUUGAACAAUUUUUAUGCAAGCAAGAAAAUUCUCAUAAUCCAUUUUUAGAUGAUUCGAAUCCAGAAACAUCUUUAUUAGAUUUAGCAGUGGACAUUUUAACUACAGUCACCUCUAAAAGAAAUUCUCGUAAGUACAGAACCACUGUUUAUACAUGAUUGAAAUAUGAAUAAGACAAGUGACGAUUAAUCUCUGAUCAUCCGCUUAAUAGUUUGAUCAUUAUCCCACUGUUUGGUAUUCAGAAAGAUUCAAAUCUUUUGCAAGGAUUUGCAUCUUAUUUCUCCUAAACAUAAUGCUGUUGAAUCAAACAUUAUAAGGCCAUGAGAAUAAGGAGAAUGAUCCCCUACCAGAAAACCUCUCGAUUGUUCAACAAAUUCUCCAUGUCAGUGCCACGAGAAGCGUAUUGAGAACAGUAUUGAAAAUGUACAUACCAAUCCCCAAUCUUAUGGUUUAAAGGGUUAGUUACAUUAUUUUUUCAAUGUUUGGACCUUGAGAAAGGUGCUUAUUCAAGGCUGCAUGGUUAUUCAAAUUUUUACCCUUUUCAGUGAGUAGUUAAUUUAAUUUGCAACAAAACAAUUAAUAAUAAAAUGUGAAGAUGUACCCUACAUGGUAAAUUUCAAGAUUGUAAGCCAGUAAAUGAAAAAUGAUCUAUACUCCCCUUGUGUACUUUAGUUUUUUGGUGCUGGCUUUUCUCACCAACAGGGUGGGUGCUCAUUCAAGGUUGUGCCCCAAAUCAAAUAAGUAAAGUUACAAUUUGAUCUAUGGGUAAUUUGUAUUAACUUACUCCAAUCCAAUUUUUUUGUGAAAUCUAAUAACAUGAGCUUAACUUGACAGGGAGUCUUGGAUGGUAGUUCUAAAUGACUGAGUAGAACUUAAUUCUUGAACUUUGCUUUUUUUGUUUUUUUUUUCAACAGAUGUAUAUAACAUUGUCAGUGGCAGAGGAUCUAUAGGAAAGUUUUGUCUCUUUAAGUCAGCAUAUCGCAUAGGUGAAGAAAUCGUUGGAUCUUUUGACUUUUCAGAAUCUCUCAUUCUUUGUCUCAAGGUAAUUAAGGCGUAUAUAUGACUUGAUUUUCCAAUAGUGGUGCAUUUUAAAACUCUGUUAACUCAAUAGUUUUUUAAAAAAGCUUUUGAUUUUAAAAUAAUUUCUGCAGUUAAUCCCCUUUGAGGAGGCCAUCUCUAGAGAAUCUUUGAUUAAAACCACUCCUAAAACUCCUGAUGAGCAUAUUUUGAUGUAAUAUUGUUGAACAAAAAUUAAAGAAAGAGUUAAAAAUGGCCCAUCAGACAGAACUAAGUGAAAGAAGCCACCAUGAACUCAACGUAGCAACAGGCAAACUUCCCAAAAUAUGGGAAAACAUAAUAUACUAAAUUGCAUUUGGUUUAUGUUUUACAGAGGAAAAUGUACAGUUUGAGUUUUAAAACCAAUCACAGUUUAUUGCUUUAGAUAGCCUUGUCACUGUGGAUUACUUUAGUUACACUCAACUUGAAAUUGCAUUCAGCAGCCAAAUUUUAUCAGCAGGAAACAUCCAACCUGAUGAUAUUUCAACUGUUGUUUUUACCUAGUCUUGAGUGGCUUUCAAGUUUGUUGAAAGUAAAUGAAAUUAUGUAGAGAAUUUGUAGGUCUGCUUGCAGUUUUUAAGGAGUUGUGUACAUGUAGUUGUGGUAAAUCUUAGAAAUUUUAGCUGUUUGUAUUAUUUACACUUAACCAAGUACUGAUUUUUUUUUCUUAAUCUAGUUUUCAGUUGUCCUGCAAAGUGAAGAACACAUUCCUGAGAAUUCACGCAAUCCUUCAAAGCAAUCUUCAGAUGUGACAUACUCUUCUUUCACUUCUGUUCAAGAAAAUUGUUUGCACACUAAAAAGACUCAUCUAGUUUUACCUAUACCUUACACUGCUUGUCCAGAAUUCGUCUCAGAUUUAGGUAAGACAGAUAUUUCAGUAUUUAAUGUAUAGAUAACAGUAUGGAGAAUGUGCAUACUGAUGUUAGUCUCCUGAACAGUUCCACAAAUACAAAUGUUUGAGUUUGUGUCUUAUGGAAUCAAGAAAAUGCACUAGGGCAGGUUGGUAUGGAAGGAAAAAGCAUUAUCUGUUUCAAAGACUUGUUGCACUUACUUGUUACCUAAUGUGCCAUGUCCUCUGGUUUUUUCUUAAAAAUAAUUAUAAGUGCAAAGUAAAUUUAGAACCACACAGCCCGGCUAUUAAGUUUGAUGAGAUAUUGUUCUCAUUUUUUUCACAGUUUGUUUGAAAUGGAGACUUCAUUUUGAGUUUACAAUAGCUCUGUCACCAUUACCUGGAGGAGAUAGUCCUGUUCAGCAAACAACUCCUUUUACAGACAAUGCCUCUUGGCAGGGCCCCUCUGAUAUUCAGGCUGAAACUAUGUCAUGGGAUCUACCUGUCAAAAUUAUAGCUACAAAUCCACUUCAUGCUUCUUCUAUUUCAAUGCACAGGACAAGUAGUACAAUGGUUUUUUAAGGUUUGGGAGAAGUGGAGGCUGUGAUUUAUGCUUUUAGUGUCAAUCUAUGUAAUGUUCUUACUACUUCACGUGUAUGACAAUGGUUCUGCUGUACUCAGAGUGGAUAAGAGUAUACAUGCAAGGCUGUCUCCCCAGGAUAGUGCACUUGUUGUGUACGGGAAACCCAGACACCACCAGCUCUUGGCAAGACUACUGUGCUACAUGGACAAACAGCUUUUUCUCAUAACUAAAGAAAGAACAGACUUGUUUAUUUUUUAACUUUCUAUUUUGUCAAAGAAUCUGCCAACAGAAAUUGUAGUAAACGGUUUUGACUACCUGAAAAGGACAAAAUUCUCUAAAUAACCAGAGGAAGCCACUAAUAUUUGCCUCCACCUCAAUUUAAGAGGGUGAAUAUAUAUUCAGCUAUUACUUAAAAGUGCUGAAAUUCUUGUUAAAGGUCCCCAAUAGCAUUCAGUUAGGAAAUCAAUCCCCUUAAAUUUACCAAAAACUCACACUAAUACCAUAAAACGUUUUGAAUUCAUUUACUGUGAUCUUAGACUCUCAAACAGUGCCUUCAUUUCCCAUUCCUUUUGGCUGUUUGUGAAGCAAGCUUUAGCUGUACCACAAGGUUUUAAUGCAGACAUGUGACUGGGUAUGGUUCAGUGUCUGUGAUACAAAAAGUUUUGAUAAGACAAGGGUGACCAAAAGUAAUAUAUGAAUUUUGAAUUGAGUGAUUAUUUGGAACAAAAUGUUUAUUAUAACAAGUAUCCUGUUACAUCAUUUUAUGGCAGUACAUUGGCCUGCUUUAGAAUGUCAAGCACAGGAGGAAAGUGUUGUUACCUUCAGGCCUUCAACUCCAAAGAUCUGAUGGUUAAUUCUCCCCUCUAGUUGAUCCACAUCUCUUUUUAAAUUAGGUAUGAGAAUUUGUGAAUAGUUGAUGAGAGUAUUCUCACCACCUGUUUGCUGGAUAAUUUAUUGAUAUUGUAGGAAGAUGUUACAAUGCAAAUUUUGUUGAAGGAAAUGUUGUUUUGUUGGGGUGAGGAUAUUAUGAAAGUCAUAUUUAACUUAUAUUUUUUUGGCAACAUUUCAACUUUUUUUACUUUCUUAUUGUCAAACUCAGAAAUCUGCAAAUACCAAAUAUAUUUUUGGAGUUGUACUGUUUUAAGGUAAACAAUACGCCAAGCUAGAGUUAAGGAACUAUUGAAUGAAAUAAUAACUAUCCUGUGAUUUUCUUGCUUGUCCUGAUCUCCAGUGUGAACAUAACGUAAAUGACAUACCUUAUCUCCUUGAAUAAGUACCUGGCACUUAUUAAGAACGUCAUCUCAAAGGAGGGGCACUUAUUGGAAUGAGGGUGCUAUGUUAAGGGGGGUGCAUAUUAUUCUCCUGUACUGAUUCCAUUGCAGUCAAAGCUUAUAAAGUUAUAAAUUAAUUGGCAUAAGGAACAGGUUCUCUUUGCAUCCCCACUAUUUAAGAAAGUGAGAGAGGAAGGGGUGCUUGUUUGAAAUUAUGGUUUAGGAGGUGGGUGUUUAUUCAGGAGAGGGUGCUUAAUAGAGGAGAUAUGGUAUUUGCAAAAUAUCCCAGGUGUUUGUCAGUAAUUUUUUGCUUUGCUCAAUCGUAUAUUUCUUGUUUAUUGUAAUAAUCAUCACAGUUUCCUCAUAGUGGAAUGACAAUGCACUUAGUUGGUUUUGCAGCUGUUCUAACUUCAAAGUUGUGGCCUUUCCCUUUACAAAUCUUUAUGAAAAUGUUCUAUAUUUACAGGAGCAAAUUCUCUGAAAACACAAUUGUACAUAUGGGUGUGUUUGUAAGUGAAUGCAUUAUAAACAACUUAGCGCACACAUACAGAAACUGACAUGCAGACCUGACAUCAACUGAAAUUCUUGGUCUCUGUUUUCAUUUUAUUUAUCAUAGAAAUUACUUGUAAAAAGCUAUUAUAUAUAUUCAAGAUUAAAAGACAAUAUUUUAUGAAGUCUAUAUUGGUAUUAAAAUAUGAG